AUGCCAUCACACUCUGGAGCGGAAGGAGGUGUCCGGUGCAGAGCUAGCGACCCGCUUUAUUCACGAAAAGAGAGCUCCUACUGGUCAGAAGAAGUCAGACUCAAUCUUCACACCAACGUUUCAAUGCAUUACAUACGGCUUUUCCGUGCUCCGACGCUCACCCACGAAGACAACAGGAAACACCCUUGGUCCCUCAACGUCGUCUUCACAAUCACAACUGACCUCGGCGACUCCUUCCUCACACCAGAAGACAAUGACGCCGUCAGGAUCAAAGUCUCCGCCGGAUGGGAGCAGCAUAAUCGGAAGCAAAAAAAGAAUGAGGAUUUGUCAAAGAAGCAGAAGAGCGAAAACAUGACGCUGGCUGCCGAAAAGGUCCUGCGCUGGACCCCCGGCAUGCGCGUCCUCAAAGCCGACAUCCCCGCCCAACACCUCCCCGGGCGGGGCGCCCUUCCCAACGCCAACAAUGUCGGCCCGCUGAGAGUACGCAUAUGCGCCGAGGGCGAUAAGUCAGCCGACACGGCGACGAGCGUCAGUUUCGCGGGGUUGGAGGGCGAGUGCGGCAAGAUCCUACCCCUCUGGGCAGAUGUGCAGACGCCAGGCGCCGAGGCGCCAACAACCUGCGUCCGGAGACUUUGCCAUGGAGAUCGCUCCUCGGAGCCGGUCUUUGAGAUUGAGGAGGAUAUCGGGGAGAGCAUCGCGCGGCAUAUCUGGGAUGCCGGGUUGAUGGCCGUGUCUGGGCUGUGGCAGGUGAACACGCGGGAGAGCUUCGCUGCGGAGAAGCACCCGUGGCGCAUGAAGACGUUCCACAGCCUCCUCUUCGAAAACGGACCGGUGAAUAUCCUCGAGCUUGGCUGUGGUGUCGGCAUCUUGGGAAACGGGCUGGCGCAGCUCUUAUCGGAUGCGGACCCGAAGGGCGAGGGUGCGAUCCUCAUGACGGAUUUACCGGAAGCCGAGCACCGCGCUUGCGCGAAUAUCGACAGGCUCGUGAUGAACGGGGCGGCGAGUAUUCACCCGCGGUAUGAGAACCUCGACUGGGACGACGGCCGGACGGGGGUGUUUGGGCCGCUGGUCAAGGCCAAGACGUGGGACGUUGUCGUCAUGAGCGAUUGCACGUACAAUGUGGACUCGUUGCCUUCUCUGGUGAAUACCUGGACGGCGGUCCACGUGCACAACAUCUCGAAGAGGUCGAACGAGAGUGUGCAGACGUGGGUGUACAUUGCGUGGAAGAAGCGGCAUCCGGACGAGAAUGAGUUCUGGAACCAGGUCGACAACCAGGGGUGGGCUCUACAUGAAGAAGAUGUUGUUGAAUUGCCGGUGCUCGGCGGCGAGACGGAGAGGAUCUUUACGUAUCUCUUCAGCAUGAAGUCUACAAAGUUUGAGCUGGACGAGGAGAAGGGAGUCUGGAAGUGCUCAUAG